AUGUUUCAUGAGGCAAUGUUAUGUCACAAGAGAAAUAUUGAUAGGGAUACUAUUUUCAAUGUUUGCGAACAAUACAAAACUGAAGAUUUGCCUGAGAAGUCAUUGUCAAAUGCUUGUUAUGACUAUGCGGUAGAUAUUGUUAAUCAUGAAAAGAAAACAGUACUUUAUCUUGCAGUUGAAAAUGGGAACAAGUAUGAAGUUCAUGUAAUAUUGGUGAAUUGUCGCAAGACUGAUGAUAUGCCAGUGGGGUUAUCACCUUUGAUAGCGGCAUUAUUGAUGCAUAAUCACGAAAUGUUGAGGAUCAUAAUACAACAUAGGCCAACUUGGAUCCAUACAAGGGACAAACAUGAGAUGCUUCCUCUUCAUUAUGCUGCAUCCCUAGGUUACCUUGAAGGUGUUGAUUUAUUACUUGGAUUAUGUAAAUGUUGCACCAUUCAAAGGGACAAAUAUGGUUAUUUCCCAAUCCAUCUAGCAUCUUAUGGAGGCCAUGUGGAAGUAGUGAAGAAGUUUUAG